UGUGGGCAACCCCUCUUCUGAAAACUGAGACACACCCCAGUCAAUCGUUGCUGACCCCCUUUCCACGCCCUCCAAACUUCCCGCGCCUACAUUCCUGCUGCUGAAGGAAGUCCCGCCCUCUCCACUGCACUCAGCUGCUCUGCCUCUCUACAGGAUGGCAUCUGCUGAUCUAAGAGAAGACUUGCUUUGCUCCGUUUGUCUGCACAUAUACACAGACCCCGUUACACUGAGGUGCGGCCAUAAUUUCUGCCAGGGCUGCAUUCAGAGUGUGCUGGCUACCCAGGAGGCAUCUGGGGUCUUUUCUUGUCCAGAAUGCAGAGCGGAGUUCCGAGACCAUAGUGAGCUUCAGAGGAACACGACCCUGUGCAGCAUAGUGGAGCAUUUCCUCUCGACUCAGCCAAGUCUGGAGGACACUCGGAUCUUCUGCACCUACUGCCUCUUUUUACCUGUGCCUGCUUUUAAGACCUGCCUUCUGUGUGAGGCUUCUCUCUGUGACAAUCAUGUAAAGGUCCACAACAAGUCGGCAGAACACGUUCUAACUGAGCCCACCACGUCCUUCGGAAGCCGGAAAUGUUCCAUGCACAACAAGCUCCUUGAGCUCUACUGCUCGGAGGACUGUUUACCCAUUUGCUCUUUGUGCUGCUUGGUUGGAGAGCACAAGGGACACCAAGUGGAGUCACUGAACACCGCCGUGGAGAAAACAAAAGGGCACCUGAGACUUAUUUUGGACAAUGUGAAUGUAUUGAGGGAUUCCAUGAACAAGAGAGCGCAGAACCUACAGGUCCAUAAAAAGAAGGUCGGGAAAAAAGCAAGUGGCAUAAGAGAACGAGUUAUCGCCUUGUUUCAGGACCUCCAGGAGCAACUGAAAGGUUUAGAGAAGAGAGUACUGGGUGAGAUUUCCAGGCAGGAAGAACAAGUUUCAAAGAAGGUCUCGGAUUCAAUCUACAAGUUGGAAGGAUCAAGAGAUAAACUGUUCAAAAAGAUAAGUCGUAUAGAGGAGAUUUGCAACCAGACUGAUCCACUCAUGGUUCUGCAAGAAUGGGAAUCCUGCUCGGGGGCAUUGGAAAGUACAGAGGAAGAAGAUGAUGCAGAAGAUGAAGUUGAUGAAGAGGAUGAGGAUGAUGAAAGCUAUGAGGAGGAAUCAGAGGAGGAGGUAAAUAAGGAAGAACUCUAUGAUGAAAAUGAGGUCUUCGGUCCUGAUGAAAUUUGUGUUGGUGGAAAUAAGGGGAAUCAUGGAGCUAAGCCUGAUGAGGUAGAUUUAUAUGAUGCAAAGGAAAAGGAGGUGGAGGAGAAAGAGAUAGAAGAUAAUGAUAAUGAAGAGUUAGAAGAUGAUGAUGAUGAAGCGUUAAAAGAUGAUGAUGAAGAGUUAGAAGAAGAUGAUGAAGAAGAGAGAAAUGAGGGCAAGAAGGGAAACAAUGAAGACGAAAAUGAUGAAUUGGUUUCUGAUGUUGGGGACCUUGAUGAGGUUCUGAUCUCUAUGAUGCUGCACAAGUCUUUAAAUGCCAUCAUGACGGAAGCAAAAGCCAAGAGUGGGUUUUACAUUCGAGAGGCUUCUGACCUGGUCCUGGAUGUAGACACGGUGGCUAACGAUGUCAUUCUGUCCAGUGACUUGAAAGCAGCUUCUUGGUCCUUUGAUGCCCCAGUGCGCCCAGAGAGUCCAAAGAGGUUUGAGUCCUGUCAGGUUUUAAGCAGUAUAGGUUUUACAUGUGGACGCCAUUGCUGGGAGGUAGACACCAGUCAGUCAGAGGCCUGGCACGUCGGGGUGGCCUACACCAGUAUAGAGAGGGAGGAUGAGAAGUCCUCGUUGGGAAGUAAUAAUAAGUCCUGGUGCCUGCGUCGGUAUCCCUUGUGGCAUAAGGAAUAUUCCAUGAGACACAAUUCCAAGGUAAUCCGUUUGCCUCCCGACACUGUCUGCCAGAGGCUGGGAAUAUUCCUGGACUACGAGGUUGGUCGACUGUCCUUCUAUGAGCUCGGCAACCCAAUACGGCUCCUGUACACCUUCUCUGCCAACUUCACAGAGCCGCUUCAUGCCGCUUUCAGUUUGGAUGACAAGGGGGUAGUGAGAAUCAAGAGCUAGGAGGGUCCUCCAGCGAGUGCCAGCCCCGAAGAUAUCCUAAAUAUUCACCUGGUCCCAUAUCAGACCUUGAAUUUCCCACAAGCCAAAUACUAUCCUAUCACUUGUCUGGCAGAGCAUGCUGGGAAGAAUGGUGGCUCAGCAGGGACUUAUGGCGGUUACUCAAACUGGGGGUCACCCUUUUUUCAAGAGAUAAAGAGACCAUUCCUUUGCAUGGGGAGGGCAAAUUAGAUGGGCCCCAAGGUGGCCUGGUCCCUGUCUCUUACGACUUGAUGUUUCAGGUCAAUGAACCAAAAGCCAAAGUUGUGUAUUAACUGAGCCUUAUAAAAUUGUUUAUUGCAA